GCAUUGAGUCAAGAAGAUCCAGCGUUCAACAUCCUAAACUGGAAACAAUGUAUUAAAAAUACAUCUGCGCCAGCCUAAUAAUCGUAUUAAAAACCCAAUUGUAGAUGGAUAUAUUCCAGAAGAAAUUCUAGUAGACCUUAGUUGCGAUCAAAGACUUUUAUUUGAAUAUUGCAAAGGAGUAGGCUUUGGUAAAGUUUCUGAUAAAUGGGCCGCCUAUAAAAUUGGACCGCUUAAUCAUGCAAGGUGGUUAACUCUAGCUAUUCGCCUUCUCUGCUUGUAUACUAGAGACAAUCAACCAAGUGUUUCUUUAAAAAAACUUGUAUGUUUUAUUGUUCAGGUUUACGCUCCAGCGUGGUUCGAUAUAAAAAAAUCUUCAAAAUUUCACGAAUCCCCGCGCCAUUUUUUCUACUAUCACUAGAAUAAAUAAUCUCCCCUUUGAUGAUGUUAAAUAUAUUGUUAAAAAAAACAUUAAAAACAAUGCAUUGUGCCUAAAACCUGAAAAUAUUCUUUAUGCCAUGUUAAAAGAUAAUGACAGCAAGAUACGAAACUUUGGUUUUCAAAUCCUACUGGGUCUAAGGCAAAGAGUAAACAACGAAAGUUUGGAAGUAAAUUUGAAAAAAAUUCCAGAAAUUAAUUUUAAUGCUAAUCAUUGGUAUGAGUUGGUAGACAUCAGCAUUACUAAAUUUACGGAGCCCCCAACAACACAACAUUUUUCAAUUGAGCAAAUCCAAUAUGCGAUUGACAAUAAUGUUAAACCUGAAAUCCCCGUCUUUCCAUCUCACUCCCAGAGUGUUGAGCGAGCGGUAAAACUUGUGUCGGACGCAUCCCAAUAUGUUUAUGGAUUCAAGAAUCGACACAGCUGCAUUUUAACUAAACUACUUAUUAGGAAGAUGCGUAAACCUUAUAUUUCAAAAAGGCAUUAUUCCCAUUCUUAUUAUGAUAUUUUUUAAUUGAAAAUGUUUUCCUAAAAUAUAUAUAUCCAUAGCCAAAAUCUUUUAAUUUGUGAAAAUGUUUAUUUGGAUAUUCUUAUGUAAAUAUAAGAAUAAAAGUUUCACUAUUUAAAUCUUCAAAUAGUUAACAAGUUGAUAUAAAUUUAGCUUAAUUGUUAUAAACUGUUAUAAACUUAAAUCAUACAGCAAAGCAAAUUGUAUUGAAAAACAUUUAAAUAUGAACUUAGUUAAAACGUCAAGUUUUGCAUAUAACGCUUUUUAAGGUGUUUUUUUACAUAAUCCAACAAAUCUUAAAAAUUAAAUCCGCAAGCGAUUCUUUAUCCAAAAUCUCUCAAAUUUUGAGAGUAAUCGUAUUUUAACUGUCUACAACUACUGCAAUAUUAUGCAAUAUGCGGAAUUAAAAUCGA